AUGUCCAUUAUCAACAUGUCACAUGUUGAAAUCACCACAUUCUUCUUGGUUGGGAUGCCAAGGCUGGAAUAUGCACACAUCUGGAUCUCUAUUCCUGUCUGCAGCAUGUACCUUGUUGCUAUUCUGGGAAACUGCACCAUCCUUUUCAUCAUCAAGACAGAACCCUCACUGCACGAACCCAUGUACUAUUUCCUUUCCAUGUUGGCCCUGUCUGACAUGGGCUUGUCCUUUUCCUCUCUUCCCACUAUGUUGAGGAUCUUCUUAUUCAAGGCUUCUGAAAUCUCUGCUAAUGCCUGCUUUGCCCAGGAAUUCUUCAUCCAUGGAUUCACAGCACUGGAGUCCUCAGUGCUCCUGAUCAUGUCAUUUGACCGCUUCCUCGCCAUCCACAACCCUCUGAGAUACAGCUCCAUUCUUAAAACAGUCAGAGUUGCCCAGAUAGGAGUGGUAUGCUUUUUCAAGAGCUUCCUCCUGGUUCUUCCUUUCCCCUUCACUUUGAGAAGGUUGAAAUAUUGUAAGAAAAGCCAAUUAUCCCAUUCCUACUGUCUCCACCAGGAUGUCAUGAAGUUGGCCUGCUCUGACAACCGAAUUGAUGUCAUUUAUGGCUUUUUGGGGGCACUCUGCCUUAUGGUAGAUUUUAUGCUCAUUGCUGUAUCUUACAUCCUGAUCCUCAAGACUGUGCUGGGAAAAAACGCAUCCCAAAAGGAGCAGCUCAAGGCCCUCAAUACUUGUGUUUCACACAUCUGUGCAGUGACCAUCUUCUACCUGCCCAUCAUCAACCUCGCCAUUGUCCAUCGCUUUGCCCGGCAUGUCUCUCCCCUCUUCAAUUUUCUUAUGGCAAAUGUUCUUCUACUUGUGCCUCCACUGAUGAAUCCCAUUGUGUACUGUGUGAAAACUAGGCAGAUUAGAGUAAGAGUGGUAGCAAAAUUAUGUCAGAAGCAAAUAUAA